AGUCCCUUAACUUUCAAUCAGAAACCAUCAGCACUUACGGGAAAUCAUACUGUAACCGGAAAAUAAACAGCACACCCACAUGUACAUGAACACACUUCCACACAAAUGAAACUGAUCACCUUUGACCUCACACGGUGAUGAAGUCUAACAUGAAGAAAUAAAGUCAAAGUUCUGGUCAUUUGGUUUGUAUUUUAGGCUUUUAUUUAUUAUUAGCUUUAAAUAAUUAAACUAAACCUCCUGUGUGUUUACCAUCACGAGAAUUACUUAAAUUAUGUCAAAUGAAUCUGCAAAAGUGUUUCAAGUGGAGCACCGUGAAUGUUUGUGGGUCAGUGAACGCACCACCAGAAGGGCGUGUCAUAAAACAGAACAGAAACUGUUCCGUUCAGUGUUUGUCAGACAUUUAAGUCUAUAGUCGUUUAACUGCUCAGCUUUCAAUGUUUUCCUCAUUCAUUUCCAGGUAAGUUCUAAUAUUUCCUUAACUUUUAUGCAUCUUUGUUUACAUUUAUUAUUAUUGAUUUUUAUUUUAUUUUAUUUAUUUACUUUUACAUUAGCUUUUAGAAAAUAUCGGCGGGGUGAAAACAGUUAGUUAUUUUAAAGAAACAAAAAUGUCUUCAUCAAAAUACCAACAGAAUACAGGUGACCCGUAUAAAGGGAUUUGGAACCAGGGGUUUACCUGCUACCUGAACAGCGUCCUGCAGGUGCUCUUCAUGACCCCAGACUUCAGAGAAGCCCUCCAGAGAAGCCCCCCCGGAUCGCUGGAUAGUCAUCUGAAGGAGCUUUUUGAUGAAUUGAAGAAACAAAACGGCAAUACUUGUAAUAUCACAAAGGCGCUGAGAAUCACUGAUGUUCAUGUUCAGGCUGAUGCUGCUGAAUGCUUUGAGAACAUAUUGAGGAAUAUAACCAAUCCUGAAGCGUCUCAGAUAUUUCAGGGUGUGCUGAGAGUCAAGAACAAAUGCUCCAAAUGUGACACUGAGACAUGUGAUGAUAAUCCAUGCUGGAGUCUCCCUCUGGAACUGGUGGAUUCAAAGGCAGAGUACAGAGUUGAGGACGGCAUCACUCAAUACUUUUGUCCGUCAGAGGUCAGCGGUCCGGACCAGCUGUUCUGUGGAAACUGCAAAGUCAAAACUGAUUCUACAGUUAAACUUGAACUGUAUCAACAUCCUGAAGUUCUGAUGCUGCUGCUGAAGAGGUUUAAGUUUGACUACAAUUAUAUGCAUUAUUAUAAAGUGGAGCGCAGAGUGGAGCUUCCUCUUAUUCUAGAGAUUCAGAACCAGACAUAUGAGCUGUAUGCAUUUGUGGAACAUCAUGGUUAUUUAAAAUAUGGACAUUACACUGCAAAUAUCAAGUCCCACGAGGAUGGGAAAUGGUAUCACUUUAAUGACAGUAGAGUUAAUCAUUGCUAUCAGUUCUUCCAACUGGAUACAAAGGAGUCAUCCCACAGUGCUUAUCUGCUGUUCUACAGGAAAACUGAAGACACUUUACCUCCAGACAUCUCUGAAGCAUCCAAACCUGAAGCUGGAGACAAACAGUGCUUUAACCAGGAUGUUGAGUCCCGCAACAAUCAGGAGAUGAGAGGAACCGCAGAUGAAAAGAAUGUAGCAAAGAGCCCAAAAAAAUCUAAACGGAGGAAACGACCUCCAGCAAGAGACAAUGAUAUUGAAUCUUCUACUCAUAAAGUUAAGAAGACAGAGACAAACUCUGACCAUAAACAAAUAGUUUGUGAUAAGAACGCUGAAAAAGAGAAACCAAAUCAGGACUUGGAGUGCAAAAAAACGUCUAGAUCUCCUGCAGAGCAGAUGGAACAAAACAAAAAAGGAGGUGAAGACCAGAAACGAACCAAAAGAAAGUCAACAGAUCAUCAUAGUGAAGGAGAAGUGGAUCAGAACAUGAAACAAAUGACUAAAAAGAAUCCAAACGACGGUGGAGAGAACCUGCAGCUAAAAGAAACACAGGUAACCGAUGAAAACGAGGAGAAAGAAAAGAGGAGAGAAGAUGAUCACAAGUUUAAAGAAGAAAGAUAG